AUGGCGGUGGCAAAGUUAACCCCAACAUCUUCUUCAUAUACGAGAAAAACCCUUGUGUAUUCUUCACAUUUUUCUUAUGUAUCAACUCCAGUUUCCAAGCAGCGCCGUGCAUAUUGCCCGCCCUUCCGGAUUUCAACAAUAAGAUGCUCUGUCACUUCCAAUGAAGUGCAAACACCGGUGGCAGUGAAGACAGAGGAGGAACCCAAGAAGAAACCUGACUGUUAUGGGGUCUUUUGUCUCACUUAUGAUCUCAAAGCUGAAGAGGAAACGAAAUCGUGGAAGAAAUUAAUUAAUAUUGCUGUCUCAGGGGCUGCGGGGAUGAUAUCAAAUCAUCUACUUUUUAAACUUGCUUCUGGGGAGGUAUUUGGCCCAAAUCAACCUAUCGCAUUGAAAUUAUUAGGAUCUGAACGGUCAUUCCAAGCACUUGAAGGAGUUGCAAUGGAACUCGAGGACUCAUUAUUUCCUUUAUUGAGGGAAGUGAGUAUUGGCAUCGAUCCUUAUGAUGUGUUUCAAGACGCUGAAUGGGCCCUCUUGAUUGGUGCAAAGCCCCGUGGGCCUGGAAUGGAACGGGCAGAUUUACUAGACAUAAAUGGGCAGAUAUUUGCGGAACAGGGCAAGGCCCUGAAUGCCGUUGCAUCCAGAAACGUGAAAGUAAUUGUAGUGGGCAACCCUUGCAAUACCAACGCGUUGAUCUGUUUGAAAAAUGCCCCAAAUAUUCCAGCCAAAAAUUUUCAUGCUUUGACUAGGUUAGAUGAAAAUAGAGCAAAAUGUCAGUUGGCCCUUAAAGCUGGUGUUUUUUAUGACAAAGUAUCAAAUGUUACCAUUUGGGGAAACCACUCUACCACACAGGUCCCAGACUUUUUAAAUGCCAGAAUCAAUGGUUUUCCCGUGAAGGAUGUGAUCGAAGAUACUAAGUGGUUAGAAGAAGAGUUCACAGAGAAGGUCCAGAAGAGAGGUGGGGCCCUCAUUCAGAAAUGGGGAAGGUCGUCUGCAGCAUCGACUGCAGUGUCGAUUGUGGAUGCGAUUAGGUCUCUUGUAACUCCUACACCUGAGGGAGACUGGUUCUCUUCAGGGGUAUAUACUGCUGGCAAUCCUUAUGGAAUAGUAGAUGAUAUUGUCUUUAGUAUGCCAUGCAGAUCUAAUGGCGACGGUGAUUAUGAACUCGUCAAGGAUGUGAUAUUUGAUGAUUACCUUUGGAGCCGAAUCAAGAAGACAGAAGGUGAGUUGCUUGCUGAGAAGAGAUGUGUUGCCCACCUCACUGGAGAGGGUAUCGCUGUUUGUGAUCUUCCGGAAGAUACAAUGCUUCCUGGAGAGAUGUAG